AUGAAAGUUAUAAAAGAAGAAGAUGAUGAUUGUAAUGAGAUUGAUCCGAAGCAACUUGCCUUAAUCACUCAUCAUUUUCAAAAGCUACUGAAGAAGAAAAAUUCUAAAGGAAGUGCUUCAGGUACAAGAUCUUCUAUAAACAAGACGUCAAAAGAUGGGUCUCAAAGAUUCAUUCCCAAGUCUGAAGAAAGGAAGUGUUAUGCAUGCUCAGGUAUGGACAUGAACCCAAAGAGUGUGCAAACACUAUCUAAACAAAAAGAGGAGAAGAAAGCCAUGAAAGCCUCUUAUAAUUCUUGGAGUGAGAGUGAGUUAGAUAUGUCCAAGGUUAAGGAGGAAGAGAUUGCUUUUGUUGCCCUUGAAAACAAUGAUGAAUAUGAUGAUUCAGAUGAGGAGGACGUAGAUAUUGAAGAAACCAUAGAAAGGUACAAGGAAUUGUAUCUUAACUUUGACAAGUGA